AUGUCCGCACACAUUGUAUUGGACAGUCGCCACACCCAUUACACAAAUCUAGACUUUCUCACAGGCAAGGUUGUGCUACAGCUACCGACUGAAGCGGCUAUUGGAGGCAUCCAGGUCAAAUUGGAAUGUGAAAGCCGCACCCGACUGUCUGGUCCUAAGCAUCCCCAGAAUGCGCACUCGGACAAAAAGCGAACGGAGCUUGAGGUUCACAAGAUCUUGUAUAAGGUUGCUACCGUCUUCCCUACACCCGGUGUGAUGCAGAAUGGGUCUCCUGCGCCUUCAUAUACCUUUGCUGCAGGGUCAUACGAGUACCCUUUUCAGUUCAAGUUCCCCUUCAAUAAUUCAUGCAGCACCAUCAACAGCAUGCUCACCAAUCUGAAUUUUUCUGGGUUGAAAGUCGAGGUAGCUAGAGACACCACUCGACAUGUCAGAAAAACUCUCCCGCCAUCUUUAAGUGGAUUCCCAGGCAUGGCAGAUAUCAAAUAUUUUGUCAAAGCGACGGUCAUUCGACCCCAGUUCUACAAAGAAAAUAUCAGAUCGAUUGUGCCCCUAAAUUUCCUUCCAAUUGAGCCACCAAGGAUCGGAAACCCCAAUGAGGAAACCUAUGCCAGGCGGCAACAUCAAUUCUCCCAAGUCCAAGCCGGAUCCAAGAAAAAGAGCAUUUUCUCACGAGGAUCCUCUACACUCAAAGAGGGUUACACAGAGCCUCCGCGAGUGUCUGUUGAUGCUCGAUUGCCGAAUCCAUCUAUUCUCACUUGCAAUGAACCCGUCCCGCUCCGUCUCCUCGCUAAAAAGCUCACUGAUGGGCCGGACACAAUCUUUCUUCAGAUGCUGCAGGUGGAACUGAUCGCCUAUACCAAAAUCUUGGCCCAUGAUCUCACGCGCACUGAAAGUAGCACCUGGGUUGUUAUGAGCCUCAGCAAUAUGGGUACCCCGUUAGGUCAACCUGGUGAUCCCGCAGGCACUGAAUGGACUAUCGACCCAAAGUUGUGGAAUCGUUAUCCUUUGCCUAACUCGGUAGCUCCGUCUUUCGAGACAUGCAAUAUUGAAAGAUCCUAUGAGCUGGAAAUUCGAAUUGGCUUGACUUAUGGAAAUUCCCAUGAAAUGAAGCCACAACUCAUUGUCCUUCCUCUGCGAAUGCCAGUAAGAGUCUUCUCAGGAAUUGCCCCUCCACAGGCCCUAUUGGAUGCAAUGGCGGCUGCAUCAGUUCAACAAUCGUCCUCCAAGCCGAAACCUCAGCCCAGCUUCCCAACAGAGAACGAAAACAGUCGACCACCCAUGCCACCACGACCCACUGGCGAGCCUGUGCCUGUUAAUUCCGGCGAUGUCUGCGAUGACGCACCGCCCAGCUACGAGGAUGCAAUGGCCGACCAUCUGAGUCCAGUGGAUGGACCACGCCGCGAGUAUCACCCACCAGACGCCUCCUCCCAGCGCACAGUAGAAUCUGGAACUGAUGCCAAGUCCACAGCCCAACCGGGUAAGGAUCUUGAAGAUGGACCCGCUGCAGAAGGAUCCUCCUCAGCGCCCCGUCACCGAGACAACCGUGCUUCCUCGGAGUCAUUCGACAUGCUACCUACCACACCGCCAGAAUCCCAGUCCGGAUCGCCUCCCGCUUCUCCCAUGAGACGCCCAGGGAGUAUGAUGAAAAUUCCUCGGAACACCGUUGACGAAGAAAGCCCGCCGCAAUAUGAGCCAGUUGCGGGGUCUCAGCUGAAUGCUCCACAACCUGUUCAACGCCAGCCUUCCCGAACUAACCUUCGCCCUAUGAAUUUGGGUGUUCCUAAUAGGAAGCCUGUGCCACGAACCCCAGAUCAUUGA